UUGGGAGAAAGUUUGUGUGCGGGAUGUGGUGUACCGGCGGUGAGCGCUGUGCUCCGGGGAUAAUGAGCUGAUCCCGUGUGUGAGACACACCUUGCUGUUAGUGCCCCCUCCGGUGCAGACAUGUGGGACCCCAGGGAGUUCGAGCAGCACUGGCGGGCGGAAUUUCCCGGUGAAGAAGCCCCGGUGAUGCAGCUGAGCUCGGUGGACGAUAUGCGGCAGGAGCUGGAGCGCUGCAAGGAGAACCUCAAGCGGCUGCAACAGGUUCUGGCCGAGGAGAAGUUUAAAGCAGUCUACCUGGAGAGCGCCCUGUCCCGGCGGCCGAAGCCCCUGCCCCGGCUGCGCUCCAAGGUCCCCCCGCCGCCUCCUCCGAAGCGGGUGUCCGUCAGAGACCUUGUACCUCCGCCGCCGCAGCCUCCGGUUGUCGCGGCGCCACCUGCCCCCGACCGAGACUACGAAGAUGAAGGAGGCACCACCGAGAGCUUCGUCCUGGGGAACCUUCUGAGCAGCCUGGAGGGGCCGGGGAGAGGCUUGUUACCAGUGCCCCACGGGGACUCCCCCAGACACAGCUCCCCGGAGAGGAGCAGCAAUGGCUACCUGAGCUCCGACCGGGAGGACGACGACUCUGUAGAUUUCAACUACGGCACCGACGGGUACGACGCCGAAGGGAAUGAGGAGCAGAAAAGCUCUCGUGAGGGGUCAGAAACUAUGCCCUACAUCGAUGAAUCCCCCACAAUGUCCCCACAGCUCAGUGCCAGGAGUCAAGACAGCGUGGAUGGGGUCUCGCCUACUCCCACAGAGGGCUUACUUCCUGAGGGAGAAAGCGAAUCUGAUAAAGGGCUGUUAAUGCGAAAACUUGUCCUGUCUGGGGUCCUGGCAAGUGAGGAGAUCUAUAUUAACCAGCUGGAAGCACUGCUGUUGCCAAUGAAGCCUCUAAAAGCCACUGCUACAACCUCCCAGCCAGUUCUAACCAUGCAGCAAAUAGAUGCCAUAUUUUACAAGGUCCAGGAUAUCUAUGAGAUCCACAAGGACUUCUAUGACAACCUCUGCCCCUGUGUGCAAGAAUGGGAUAACAAAACCACGGUUGGACACCUAUUCCAAAAACUGGUCAGUCAGCUUGGAGUGUACAAGGCCUUUGUGGAUAACUACAAAUCUGCCCUGGAGACGGCGGAGAAGUGCAGCCAGUGUAAUAACCAGUUUAAUAAAAUCUCAGAGAAUCUGAAGGUGAAAGGGCCCAAGGACUCCAAGGAGCAGCCGACGUCUGUUACCAUGGAAGCUCUGCUCUACAAGCCUAUUGAUCGUGUGACACGGAGUACCUUAGUGCUUCAUGACCUUUUGAAGCAUACACCUGUUGACCACCCUGACUAUCCAUUAAUACAAGAUGCCCUUCGCAUCUCCCAGAAUUUUCUGUCUAGUAUCAAUGAAGACAUUGAUCCACGGAGAACUGCAGUGACAACACCAAAGGGCGAGACCCGACAACUGGUAAAAGAUGGUUUCAUGGUUGAACUUUCCGAAAACUCCCGCAAACUGCGGCAUCUUUUCUUGUUUACAGAUCUCUUGCUUUGUGCCAAGCUUAAGAAGGCAGCUGUUGGGAAACACCAGCAGUAUGACUGCAAGUGGUACAUCCCGCUGGCUGAUCUGGUGUUCCCCUCCUUAGAGGAGUCAGAGCCCAUCCCACAGCUGCACGCCACUCCUGACCAUGAGAUAGAGGAAAUGAAGGCAAAGAUAUCCGUUCUGAAAAGUGAGAUCCAAAAAGAAAAGAAGUCCAAUAAAGGAUCAAGUCGCGCUAUUGAAAGGCUGAAGAAGAAAAUGUUUGAGUAUGAAUCCUGGCUUCUGCUCUUCUCCCCCACAAUUCCAUUCCGAAUCCAUAACAAGAAUGGCAAGAGCUAUCUGUUCCUUCUGUCAUCAGAUUACGAGAGGUCAGAGUGGAGGGAAGUCGUUCAGAAGCUGCAGAAGAAAGACCUUCAAGCUUUUGCACUCAGUUCUUUGGAGCUCCAGGUGCUUACUGGAUCCUGCUUCAAACUGCGCACAGUACACAACAUGCCUAUAAUCAGCAAUAAGGAUGAUGAUGAAUCUUCUGGACUGUAUGGUUUUCUGCACGUGAUUGUUCACUCUGCCAAAGGCUUCAGCCACUCUGCCAAUCUGUACUGCACACUAGAAGUGGACUCAUUUGGCUAUUUUGUCAGCAAAGCUAAAACCAGAGUGUUUCGGGACACUACAGAACCGGAUUGGAAUGAGGAAUUUGAAAUUGAGCUGGAGGGUUCUCAGUGCCUGCGGAUCUUGUGCUAUGAAACGUGCUAUGACAAAAGCAAACUCAACAAAGACAACAACGAGAUUGUGGACAAGAUCAUGGGCAAGGGACAGAUCCAGCUGGAUCCUCAAGCCGUGCAAAGCAAGAACUGGCACGUGGAUGUGAUCGAGAUGAACGGGAUUAAAGUGGAGUUUUCCAUGAAGUUUAGCAGCCGCGAUAUGAGCUUGAAAAGGACGCCCUCCAAAAAGCAGACGGGUGUUUUUGGAGUUAAAAUCAGCGUGGUAACAAAGCGGGAAAGAUCCAAGGUGCCAUAUAUUGUCCGUCAAUGUAUAGAGGAGGUGGAGAAACGUGGCAUUGAGGAGGUUGGGAUUUACAGAAUAUCUGGAGUGGCCACAGAUAUCCAGGCCUUGAAGGCUGCAUUUGAUGCCAAUAAUAAAGACAUUCUGAUGAUGCUUAGUGACAUGGACAUCAAUGCCAUCGCUGGAACAUUAAAACUUUACUUCCGGGAGCUCCCAGAACCUCUCCUUACAGACAAGCUGUAUCUGGCAUUUAUGGAAGGGAUCGCUCUGUCUGAUCCAGCUGCCAGGGAAAACUGCAUGAUGCACCUCCUGCGAUCCCUGCCCGAGCCCAAUCUUAUGACCUUCCUCUUCUUGCUUCAGCACUUAAAAAGAGUUGCAGAGAAAGAGCCAAUUAACAAGAUGUCACUCCAUAACUUGGCCACUGUCUUUGGCCCCACAUUGCUUAGACCCUCUGAAGUGGAAAUUAAAGGUCACCCAAACCUGGCAUCCGAUAUCUGGUCACAUGAUGUUAUGGCACAGGUCCAGGUUCUCCUUUAUUACUUGCAGCAUCCUCCAAUUAGUUUUUCGGAGCUGAAGAGGAACACUCUGUACUAUUCUACAGACGUGUGAGCCUGAACCUCCACCUCACAGGAGAAGAGCAAGCAAGCAAAAGACGUUCGGAGGAAAGAGUAGAAUCCCACAACCCAGAGCACCCCCCAACUUGCUCCUGUGCAUUUCUCUAAUCCUUUUGUACAGAAAAGUGGAAACAAAAAAGUAAACGAGCCAGCACUGUGCUCCCCUUGUUACAAGCUGUAUUUUGUAUAUUGGUUUUCAGGCAUUAUUCUCUGUAGGAGCACACGGCCCAGGCGGAGCAGAGCUUUGGAGAACUUUUUCUUCUUGUUAUCCACAUUCCUUGAUGUGAGUGAAUGGUUUGAGAAAUUCUUUACAACUCUGCUGACCCAAAGGGUCUUUUAACCUGCCCUAUUUCCCAAUACCUUGUGCUGGAGACUGCAAACUGUACUGUAACCUCCCUCCCCUUGGGGACCACAGGGGCCCAAAAUGGAUUGUUUGAUGAGUGCCCCCCCCCCUCCACAUGGAGAGUGGAGGUUGAGAAACAUUUGGAUGCUCAGUUCUGCGAUAUUUUCCUUCAUAGACUUGGCAGAAUAUGAGCAGACUGUCUGUCCUAAACAUUUUUAAUCCUAAACCGUUGCCAUGAAGUUCUCUUCUACGCUCGUCUUCUAUCGUGAAUGAAAAGUGCUUUUGGUCCAUUUUCUUUUCCUGGUGGAUACGUCACUUGUGAUUUUGCUGCUUUCAGAAGGUGGUACAUUUCUUGUUACUCCGCUGGGCAUGAGGAACUAUACAGCCACCGGCGAGGUGGCACAUCUGACCUGGAAUCAUAUACAUUAGAUGCAGAGAAGUCAGCUGUCCCACAAUAAAGCCAAGCACACAUGGUCCCUGCAAAAAUUAGAUUUAACUAUUGAGUAAUGUUGUGUUUUCCAUCCUUUCUUACUCCACUAUACAAACGAAUCUAUACUGCCAGUAUACUGCACGCCCAGUGUGGUCUCCACAAUCUCCACUUGGGCACCAUAUUGUCCUGGGGCACGCAGGUUUCAAUGCUCUUCAUGCUUGAAGUGAUUACAACUCUACUCUAAGGUACAUGAAAACCUUUCUAAGGUCUAGAUUGGAGACAGUGGAGGGGGUAAAUACAUUCAAGUGUGAUGGUAAAUCUGUAUACUAGGACUGGAUAAUUGUGAUAUAAAAAAUGAAUAUUCCAUUUUUGAGUCCAUAUAACACAAGCCCUUCUCGGCUUUGGACAAGAGCUUUUGUUAGGUUCCUCGACAAUAAGCUGAUCAGAGGGUGUCCUGCUGUUAGGACCUCCAGCAGUAAGUGUUCAGUUCUCCUGUAGCACAAGGGGUUGUCUAGAAUCGGAAAAACACGCCUGCGCCAUAUCUGUCCAUGCGUUGUCUCAUAUUAACAGCUCAGCUCCAUUGCAGUAAUAGAGGCUGAGCUGCAGUAUCAUCCAAAACGUGUGGGUAGAUGUGGUGCUGAUUCUUCAAGAAAGCGGUCAUGUUUUUCUAGUCCUGGACAACCCCUUUAA